ACUGCAAUCUUUGUACCAUCUCUAUUGUGGGUGCGUUAGUAAUAGUUUAUCCAGAAUAUGAAUUAAGCAGAAUUAAUCGGGAACGCCGACGCCCACAAAUUCGUACAAAUUGUCGACCGCCCGUCAUUCCAGUGCUGUAAAAAUCAAAGCCCGGAAACUAAAAACUGAAACAUUUAAGACCGUAAAGCCAAAUUGGAGAUAAAUUCAACAGUCAACCAGAGCCCCUGUGUGUGUGUUGUCCGUGUGCGUGUUAAUGUGUGUGACUGUGUUCGUUUACGAGCUAGUGGGUGCGAGCGAGACGGAGAAUUGGAAGGGAGUCAGGCUUUGCAAUAAUUUUUUUGCCAGCCAAUUUAGGAUUUUCGGCAUUUAAUCGCUGUCUUAUCUGCCACAAAGUUAUUUAUACCGAUUAAUAUAAGAAUGCUGCUCGUUAAUUGUGUUUCUUAAAAAAUCUGCUGAUAAACGACAAAGAGGAAACAAGAAACAACAGCAACAACAAGAAUAGCAGUGGAGCCGAAAAAGGAAAAAAAGAAAACUUAAUCAAGGGAAAUUAAAUAACAAGGCGGCGGCAACAACAAUUACAUAAAUUAACCCGCAACGCAACAACACUAAUAACAAUAGCUUAUCACACAGCAACAAUAACAUCAGCACCAUAAACAACAACAGCAACAACAACAAAACAGCAGCCCAAAAAGAACAACAGUUUAUCUCAAAUAUUCAGCCGGCUGCACGAGUGCGAGCGAGAUAGCCCAUAGUUGGAGAAAAAGAGACCGAACAAGAGGAGAAGGGAGUGUGCGUUUGGCGAAGGUCUGUGUGUGUGUGUUUGAGUGUGGGAGCAGGCAGCGAAAAAAAAAAAGUAUAUUUUGCAUUGUUCGACGCGCCUAACUGUAAAUACAAAAAAGCACUUGCAAAAACAAGGGAAAACGAGGAAAAAAACAAAAAAAAAAUGGCACGCGGCUUCGAUCAUCUGUUCAAGUUGCUAAUAAUCGGCGAUAGCGGCGUGGGCAAGUCGUCACUGCUCAUCCGAUUCUCAGACGACACAUUUUCGGGCAGUUACAUCACCACCAUUGGUGUGGACUUUAAGAUCCGCACCGUGGACAUCGAUGGGAUGCGCGUUAAACUGCAGAUUUGGGACACGGCUGGGCAAGAACGUUUCCGGACGAUCACCAGUACCUACUAUCGCGGCACUCACGGCGUCAUCGUUGUCUACGACGUCACGAACGGUGAUUCUUUUGCGAAUGUCCGCCGCUGGCUGGAGGAAAUCCAGAAUAACUGCGACGUGGUUAAGAAAGUAUUAGUUGGCAACAAGAACGACGAUCCGGACAGGAAGGUGGUUAUUACCGAGGAUGCGCAACGGUUUGCGAAACAAAUGGAUAUCGAGCUGUAUGAGACAUCUGCCAAAGACAAUAUCAACGUGGAGAACAUGUUCUUGUCGAUCACGCGGCAGGUGCUCGACCAUAAGCUGCGCACCUCCCCCAAUGAGCAGCAGAAGGAUACGCUCCAUUUGAAGCACAAUCCCAAGGUUAUCAAGGGUGGGAAGUGCUGCAGGUGAAAGCGGCUCCGGCAAGGGAGCUGGCAUUGCAACUGGACCGACGGCGACGGCGGGACGGGGAUUGUAACCGGAAUUAGGACCAGGACCUGGAUCAAGUCCGGGGGCGGAUGGAUUCGUUGUGGGGGCGCGUAGUUUGUAGGGUUACUGGCGUACAAUACGGCACACACACACAUAUACACAAACACACCCACUCACAUAGACAUAGCUUACACCAACAAAACUCACACCCACAACCACAACUACACAUACACCAACUAGAGACAACAAUUUUUUUUGUUUUGUUUUUUUUUUCUCCUCCUGUGUUUUUUAUUCGGAAUAAUGCCAGAUAGCCGUAAAUUAAAGUGUAAAAGUGUAAAGCGCAAUUAAAUGUAUUUAGCAAUUUAUAUACAUAUUAAUAUAUACAUAAACAAAA